AGGAAAACAACAUUGUGGACGCGGUAAACUUGUUCCUGGUGUUUUGUCCUGACUUUAGAAAGUCGUUUACGAAAUAUUAACAUUUUAAGGUGCCGUUAAACUAAACCAAGUGAAGAAAUAUCCGCCGUAGCACAGAUCAGUCCAGAGACAUGUCACGACAGAUGGGAGACAGCCAUCGACGGUUCCUUCAGACCAUGAUGGCCAAUGGCAUCACUGAUGAACAAGGGGCAAAGAAGCUCUAUCAGUAUUGUUGUGAAACCCACAACACACAGCACAUCCCUGAUAAACUGGAUGAUUUCAUUGAAACCAUCAACUCCAAGCUGCAGCCCAUGUUCAUGCAGAUACGAAAAGGGAUGUCUGAAGAGAACGGCCACCAGUUCUAUGCCUUGGUGAACAUGACAGAGACUGAUGUCACCAGGAUGUCGUCAGAUUAUGCUGACAAUGAGCUGGAACUGUUCAGGAAAACGAUGGACCUGAUCGUGGGCUCUGAGAACGGCAAGGCCUCCUCCACUGAUAUCCUGAACAGUGCCGACACCUUGAUGUCCAGAAAGCUGAAGAAGAGCGAGACAGAGCACCUCUUGAACCGACUCGUGCAUGACAAAUGGCUCUGUGAGAAACGGGGUGAAUACACUCUGUCCACCAGAUGUAUUAUAGAGAUGGAGCCAUACAUUCGUACAAUGUAUCAGGAGCAGGUCAAAGUGUGCCAAAUCUGCCGAAACAUCGCUUUCCAGUGCCAGAUUUGUGAGAAUCCAACAUGUGGCAUAAAAAUACACAACCCGUGUGUUGCCAGAUACUUCAAAGGAAGACCAGAGCCGAGGUGUCCUGCUUGUGAUGACUUUUGGCCACACGAAAUCCCUGAAGUCAGACAGCUGAGAUCUCAGUCCAGAAGAUGAGGACUUCAGCAUCAAAUGUGUGUUUUUUUUUUAAUUGUUUACUUUGGUAAAUAGACUAUUUAUAUGAAUGUCUUUAUUUUCAAUCUAAAACCUAUAAUUCUUUUUUACAAAAAUAAAUCAGAACGUGUUUCACUUAAAUGAC